AGCAUGGGUGAUGCGCAGAUGGCUGAGUUCGGCGCCGCGGCCCCCUACCUCCGCAAGUCGGACAAGGAGCGCCUGGAGGCUCAGACGCGGCCCUUCGACAUCCGCACCGAGUGCUUCGUGCCUGACGAGAAGGAAGAGUUCGUCAAGGGGAAAGUGCAGAGCCGGGAGGGCGGCAUGGUCACCGUGCAGACGGAGAACGGCAAGACGGUGACAGUGAAGGAGGGUGAUGUGCACCAACAGAACCCGCCCAAGUUCGACAAGAUCGAGGACAUGGCGAUGCUGACCUUCCUCCACGAACCGGCCGUCCUCUACAACCUGAAGGAGCGCUACGCCGCUUGGAUGAUCUAUACAUACUCUGGACUCUUCUGCGUGACGGUCAACCCUUACAAAUGGCUGCCGGUCUACAACGCCGAGGUGGUUGCAGCCUACCGGGGGAAGAAACGGAGUGAAGCUCCUCCCCACAUUUUCUCCAUCUCGGACAAUGCCUACCAGUACAUGCUGACAGACCGAGAAAACCAGUCUAUCCUCAUCACGUGA